AGCCUCCGCGCUGCGAGCGGGCGGAGGCUUCAGCCCGCGGCGGAGACGCGCAGCCCGGCUCGGCUCCCCUUUUCCCCGCGCAGCCCGGCCCGCCUGACGCGAGCCCACCCGCGCCGCUCUCCGCACCGCCAGCGGCCGGGCGGGCGGCUCCCGAGCUCGGCCUGCGGCCGCUCUCCGGCGGCGGCGGGGAGCCGCGGCAAGGCGAAGGCUGCGGCGGCGGCGGGGGGAGCAGCCAUGUUGGAGCGGGGAAUAAAGUGACUUUCCUCGGGGAGGGAGCGCGGCCGGCGGCCCGGCGGAGGCGGCGGCUCUCGGGGCAGCGAGGGAAAGGGGGGGCUCGGCUCCCAGCGGCCGGAUACCGCUCCUGGGCGGAGGAGGAGGGGAAGGAGAAGGGGGAGAGGAACCGCCCCGAACCCACGGAGCUCCGGCGCUGCUGGCUUCCUUAAGCCAGACUUAAUAUUGAUAGAAUGAAAAAGUUUAAGAGGAGACUUUCCUUAACCUUGCGUGGAAGCCAGACCAUUGAUGAGUCACUGUCUGAGCUAGCAGAACAAAUGACAAUUGAAGAAAACAGCAGCAAAGAUAACGGUGUGAGUAAUAAUGGAAGGAUCAGCUACAGUAAAGUGCAGCCCAUUGUGAAGAAUGGCAGGCCUCCAACGUCUCACAGCAUGCACUCAUUUCUCCACCAAUACACAGGAUCUUUCAAGAAGCCCCCUUUACGGAGACCACAUAGCGUCAUAGGGGGCAGCCUCGGCUCUUUCAUGGCAAUGCCCAGAAAUGGGAGCAGAUUAGAUAUUGUUCAUGAAAAUCUGAAAAUGGGGUCAGAUGGUGAAAGCGACCAAGCUUCUGGAACGUCAUCUGAUGAAGUUCAGUCUCCCACAGGUGUUUGUCUCAGAAACCGGAUACACAGACGAAUCUCAAUGGAGGAUUUGAACAAGCGCUUGUCCCUGCCUGCUGACAUCAGGAUACCUGAUGGCUAUCUAGAAAAGCUGCAAAUUAACAGCCCGCCGUUCGAUCAGCCAAUGAGUCGACGUUCUCGUAGAGCAUCACUAUCAGAAAUUGGAUUUGGAAAAAUGGAAACCUAUAUCAAGUUAGAAAAGCUCGGAGAGGGUACUUAUGCAACAGUUUAUAAGGGGAGAAGUAAAUUGACAGAGAAUCUGGUAGCUCUGAAAGAAAUCCGCCUGGAACAUGAAGAAGGAGCACCCUGCACAGCCAUAAGAGAAGUAUCAUUAUUAAAAGAUCUGAAGCAUGCAAAUAUUGUUACAUUACAUGAUAUUGUGCACACAGACAAGUCUUUGACUCUUGUUUUCGAAUAUCUGGAUAAGGAUCUGAAGCAGUACAUGGACGACUGUGGGAACAUCAUGAGUAUGCACAAUGUAAAGCUAUUUUUAUACCAGAUUCUUCGUGGUUUGGCGUACUGUCAUAGGAGAAAGGUAUUACAUCGAGAUCUGAAGCCACAAAAUCUACUAAUCAAUGAGAAAGGAGAACUGAAGCUUGCAGACUUUGGAUUGGCUAGAGCGAAAUCUGUUCCUACGAAGACCUAUUCCAAUGAAGUUGUCACGUUAUGGUACAGACCACCUGAUGUUCUCCUCGGAUCUUCAGAGUAUUCAACUCAAAUUGACAUGUGGGGUGUGGGAUGCAUCUUUUUUGAAAUGGCAUCAGGAAGGCCUCUUUUUCCUGGUUCAACGGUUGAAGAUGAACUGCACUUAAUUUUCAGACUUCUGGGAACCCCAUGUCAAGAAACAUGGCCAGGCAUUUCUUCCAGUGAUGAAUUUAGAAACUACAACUUUCCAAAGUAUAAACCACAACCCCUCAUCAACCAUGCACCAAGGCUAGACACGGAAGGAAUUGAAUUGAUAGCGAAGUUCCUUCAAUAUGAAUCGAAGAAGAGAAUUUCAGCAGAAGAGGCCAUGAAACACGCAUACUUCAGAAGUCUUGGAACAAGAAUACACACUUUGCCUGAAAGUGUUUCAAUAUUCAGUCUAAAAGAGAUUCAGUUGCAAAAAGACCCUGGCUUUCGAAAUUCCACUUACCCAGAGACAGGACAUGGGAAGAACAGAAGGCAGAGCAUGCUUUUUUAAAGCGGGCGAUGCAGAGUGGAGCCCAAGCCUGUCCAAUCGAUCAAGGACUCGGAUCUGAAGGCAGUGCUCUCUGUUGGUGGACUUGGAAUCGCAGUUUGUCUACACUGUCCUCUUCACAGUGGAGUCUUUUUAUUUCCAACCUGCAGAUUAUGUUUUUAUAUUUGUUGUCACAGUGUGACAAUUUUUUGUACAGUUGGUUUUAAGGUCUCCUCUGCCACUAGAGCCAGUAGGUUACAGCUGUUGAUGUAACUGUAGCUGCAAUUUUUGUGCAGGACUGAGAAACACAGUGCAUUAUUUAUUGCGGAAUCAUUGCUGCUAAAUAACUACUGUCUGUAUAGUUAACACAACAGUUCCAUGCCUGAAGAAGUUGCAAUGGCUUUAUAAUAUGUGAAUGCAUCUGUUUCUCUUCAUAAAAUGUUCUACUGCUGCGGGGUUUUUUUGUAUUUCUUAAACUGCAGUGUUUCCUGGAAUGUAAACAUAGCUUUGCUUGGCUAUAGGUGAACCAUCUUUAAUGCUCUAAGUUCAUGGCACUUAAUUCCUUAUUUGACAUUGGAAGUAUGUGUUGAAGUAGUUGAAAAAAUUAUAACGCAUAUUAUGUUUUUGAAAAGCACAUGGUGUGAAAGUUGAUUCAAACAAGUGAACAGUAGCUAUUAUUUGCUCUCAGAUCCUACGUUCGUUAUUGAUAAACCAGAGCAUGGAGACUGGAUGAUAAAUUUUGUCAGGCUUCCUCCAGCGUAAGGUAUUUGCACAUUAUGGUGCAUAUGGGGCCUGCAGAAACAAUGACUUGCAGAAGCAAUGACUUUUUUACCUUGUUUUUAACUUAGAAAUACAAAUAGUCAAAAGAUGAUUCAUAUGCGUUGGACCCUGGCUUACUUUGGAAAUUCAGAAUCUUUUCAUUACAGAGGAACAGGACAACUAAUUACAAGAACAUGGGAGUAAUGUCACACUUUUCCCACCUUGUUGCUCUCCCAUUUCUGCAUUAUUCACUUGAAAUCAACUGGAAAGAUGCAAGAUUGUACUUGAUAAGAACUCACUAUGCUACGGAGCUUUUACAAUGGGAACUUAGAGAGUUUUUCAGAUCUUAGAUGUUAUCUGUUUACCAGAGAUAGUAAACAUGUUACUACUAUGCUUAUGCAUCUCAGUGAGUAUCAUAAGUACACCCUUGGUGAUGGUUACAGUAUUUUUAAGCAUUUGUGUUCACCUUUAUGAACUUAUUCGUUUAGUGCAUCUUAAAGAGACUGUAAAUCUUUAUUGGUAUAUUUUGAAAUGGUCAUGUAAAUCUUUGGCUGGUAUAUCAUGAAAAUAGUCAUAGGUAACUUAAUUUUUCCUGACAUUCACUGUAAAACAUUCAGGGGUCCUACCAUUUCUGUUCAGGAAAUCUUGUAGUUUAUUGUUAUUUAACAGUAUUAAGUGAAUUUUUGUAUAUUUCAUUUUAACUUUAUUUGUGAAUAGUGAUUGUGGCAUGUUUGGGGGUGUUUUAUUAAUAUUUCAUUGAUACUGGUAAAUUUGAAUUGGGAUUUUUUUCUUUUUUUUUUUUUUUUUAUUUUCUGGAAGAGAGAAAUUCAUGUGUAAUGGUGACUAUUGGACCACUACUGCUUUUCAGCAUUUGUAAACCGGUUUUGCGUUAAAUCUUGUAGACCUAACAAACUGCUGUUAUUUCUAACUGACCGACCUGUAUUAAUAUUGUACUUUUGAAAGUAUAAAUAUUAUGUGGAAUUCUUUGGUUUUGUUUUGAAAUUUAUAAUAACAAAGGCCCUGCGUUGUUAAAAAUACAGACUAAGUGAACUUGCGGUUCUUGGGGCAUUGUUGGAAACGGUUUAGCUAGAUCUGUGUGUUGUGGGGAGUCAUCGGAUUUAGCUUUGGCCGCUUGUUAAUUUAUGCAAACGCAGAAGCGGUGGCAGCGAAAAGGUAACGUGGCUCAUCCGCCACGGGGGCCGUUCAGGAUCUUAUCGUUAAACGUGGUCCACAGUCUGAUUCUCGGCAAGCCGGUCCUGCGUCUCACACGGGAUCAGAAGUCUUGCCCAGGUCUAGGAGCGUAGUAUCCGUGUGGGAUACCUGCGUGGGUCUCCCACUGAUGGCAGCGGGAGCGGUACGUGCGUGUCACAGGCAGAUUUGGCACUGAUGGAAAAAAAAAACCCCUUUGUCCUGAAAUAGUUGUUAUAUAUAUUUUUUAUAGUUGCUACGGAUCUGAUCUAGAUUUUAUACUGAUUAACUUUGUAGGAAAAUACGUUGUAGGACGUGAUGGUGUUGAAGAAAGAGGUCUCGGAAAAACAUCUCCUUUUUUU